AUGGAAGAGCAGAGGUCACGGAGGAUUCAGAGAAUCGUCGAGGGCCUGCUGCCGAGGACGAUGGACCCGAAGGACCGCGCGUCGGAGACCGAUCUGCUGCUGCAAUUCUGUCUGUCUCUCAGCAAGAUCUAUCCGAAGCACAAGGACCUGUACAACUGGGUGGACGUCGAUCAGAGGGUGUACGUCCCUUUCAACAUGUCCUACCUCCAGGAGAGUUUCGGUUAUAUAAGGUGGGGGACGCUGCUGAACGCCACUCUAGGCGCUGCCACUGCCGAUCUUUACAAUCACAGCCGCAACCGGGAUCGUGGCGCCGCUCACGGCUACGAGGAUCAGCUGGUCUACGUUUACGUUACAGCGCCCCGUUACUUUCGCAGCCUUGGCAAACUGCUGAAUCGUUUUUCCAGGAGCCGGCGGUUGAUUGAAACAGAGCAAGUCGAAAGCGAACGUUUUUUAUUACGCACGGGGAAUACUUACAAGCGCAUCUUGUUACGAAGGAUUAUUCACAACGGGUUGUUGCUGUUGUACGCGACGGACACCCUCCACGACAUCGUGAACGUGACCGGGAGCAAGAACUGGGAGCUGUGCUGCUUCAAAUUGACGAAGGACGUUUUCGGCGAGGUGACGGGCGCCCUGUAUGUGCGGCAGUACACGCCGCAGUAUUUAGAAACUCUGGCCAACAGGGUGGGAGGGCUGUUCGAACGCGUGAAAGAGACAGUAGCCGAGCGUAUUUUGGUGAAAUCUUGGCUAGACGAGGAGACAAGGACGCAGGCAUUGUUGAAGCUGAACUCGUUGCGAGGAAGAUUUCACGUGUGGCCUGGUUUCUACAAUGAGAGCCUGCUGGCCCGCGAAAUGGCCGAGGUGGAGAUCGACCCGGAGGACUUCUUUCGCACGGUGCUCAGACGGUUCCGGCAGAUUCGCACCGUGGACGACAAGGUUUUACGAAGGAACGUCACCGAGAAGCAUGCCGCUGGCGAUGAUGAAUGCUUGGUCGUGGUCCUGGGACGGUGGGCCGGCGUACGCGGCGUACGCGACCUUGGGAUCGGUGAUCGGCCACGAGAUCCUCCACGCCUUCGACCUUCAUCGACGCCGACUGCCACUGGACCCCGAUAUGAACGUCGAUCAAUGGCUCUGGAUCACGCCGGAGUCCUGGAAGAGGCUCGAAGCGAGGAUCGAGUGCGUCGCCAGGCUCUACGCCAGGAGUUUCUGGAGGAAAGUUCAGUUUUACGGGAACGACGUCGCCGUACAGUUCGACUGGAACGUGACGAGGAACGAGAACGUCGCCGAUAUUGGAGCCUUGCAGAUUUCUUACAAAACCUGGCACACACUGACGAACGGGAAGGACCGCAGUCUUCCCGGAUUGGAGGGACUUCGUUCGAGCCAGCUUUUCUUCAUAAGCGCCGCCCAGGCUGCGAGACCAAGUGCCAUUAAUGUACAGCAGUUUUGUUUCCGCAUUGCGUUGCAGACCUACUGUUCCAAUAUGACUGCCGAGGCCUACAUUCUUUCAGUUGAGCUCGACUAUCACACACCUCAGCCCGAAAGGAAUUCUAUCCGGGGAACGAGAACGAAAGAGCGAAAGUGGACGGAUCGGAGCAUCGCACCGGGGACGUUCGAUCCGCGUUUCGAUGACGAAAGGAUCUUGUCGAUAGAUAAGCUUGUUACAGCGUUUUCAGAGUCUAAGGAAACGACCAGCCAAGAGGCAGAUCUCCGAUCUUCGCCGAAGAUGGUCGAAAUGAUACUCGCCUCUUACCCUAGAAUGAACGCGGCGCGUUCCCCCUACGUGUCGGAAUUCGAAUACGUUCCGCAGCUACAUCCCUCCAGGAACCCCGGCUGUCCGUCACGGUUCGUCGAUCGCGAGCGAGUCGACGAGCACUCGGAAAAUUCGGAUCGGCCGUCGAUCGAGAUCAGGGCUGUGCUGCCACAAUUUGAUUGGUUUGAGGCUGACUCUUGGUUUAUCGUUCGUAGAACGUUUACGGAUGAUUUUCACGUUCGUCGGAAACGUAGAUACGACGAGGAGCGCGACCGAGGAACAAUAAGAGACGAUAACUGCACGAGGAAGAUACUUAUCAGCAUGAGGUUCAACAAUAUUGGCAAGACUGAGAUCGAAGAGAAAUUCGUGGUGAUCGAUCACGCGUUCGACUCCGUGACGAUGAGAAAGAUCCCACUGCGAAAUCCCUACGUGAUCAAAGUUCGCCAGGAAGCCAUACUGCAGUUGUACGGGUUGAAAUUUCAAAGCGUGAGUAUCAACAGGGACAAGCAGCUGAAAUUCUCGACGAAAGGACGU